GCCUGCGCACCGCUGCGCUCCUUCCCUCGCAGGCCGGCGCCCUCUGUGUCCCGGUGGUCUGGGACAUGCUGCCUGACUGCCUGUCCGCCGAGGAGGAACGGCGCUGCCGGCAGCUGCUAGCGGGGACCACUGCCCGGCUACGCUCGCGGCCGGCGGCGGCGGCAGUGCUCGUGCCGCUGUGCCUGGUGCGCGGGGUCCCGGCGCUGCUCUACACACUGCGCUCUAGACGCCUGGUCGGGAGGCACAAGGGGGAGGUCAGUUUCCCAGGCGGUAAGUGUGAUCCCACCGACCAAGAUGUAAUACAGACGGCCCUUCGGGAGACUCAAGAGGAGCUGGGCCUAGAGGUGACCAAGGAGCAGGUGUGGGGUGUCCUGCAGCCUGUGUACGACCGGGGAAAGGCAACCAUAGUCCCUGUGCUUGCCAACGUGGGCCCGCUGGAUCUGCAGAGCCUCAGGCCCAACCCGGAGGAGGUGGAUGAGGUAUUUGAGCUGGCUCUGGCCCACCUGCUGCAGACCCAGAACCAGGGCUAUACCCACUUCUGCCAGGGUGGCCACUUCCGCUACACACUGCCUGUCUUCCUGCACGGACCACACCGGGUCUGGGGCCUCACAGCUAUCAUCACUGCGUUCGCCCUGAAGCUGAUGGCCCCUGGCAUCUACCAGCCCUGCCUAGCUGUUCCUGAGCUGCCUAGGGGUUGAGGCCUGCUUGGCCUUUAAGUGCCUCUUUCUUCAAUUGGCCAGAUUACUCCAGAACUGAUUAAAAUAGAGUCUUUGACCACUCUA